AUGCAGACACUGCACCUGGGGCAGGUUCCAAUAACAUUCACCAUAUCAGCCUACAUCUUUGGCUUCUUUAUCGCACCCCUGUCGACCGUCUACGGCAAGGUCAGACUCUACCGGCUGUGCGCGGUGUUGUGGGCGUUAUUCUCCGCCCUCGCCGCCGCCGCACCCAACAUCUGGUCACUCGUAGCCCUGCGCUUCCUCGCCGGCUGCGCGGGCGGCACACCCAUGGUCCUGGGCUCGUCCACCGUCGCCGACCUCUUCUACAAUGAGGUCCGCAGCCGCGCGCUGUCGUUUCAUCGCCGUCGGCAACGUCUCGGCGCCCUAUUGGGCCCCGCAGCAGGCGGGAGGAUCGCGCAGUCGGUACCGGGGUGGAGAGGCUGCUUCGUUCUGCUUGCCUGCGUCGGAGGUCGUCACCUGCAGGUGUGGCUGUACGUCAACGUGCCUGCGAGAUACGAGGAGGUCUACAGCUUCUCCGCGGCAGAAGCCGGAUCCGUAUUCAUACUUAUGGGGGGGGGGGGGGUCGGGACCCUGGUCGGUCUGCUGGCCUGCUGGACGCUGUCGGGCCGCAUCAUCGCCACCUGCGCCGCCAGGUCGGUGGAGGCGAGAAAAGAGCCGGGCACCUUCUGCCGCUGA